AUGGCGUCGAUGGAGAUCACGACGGCACCGCCUGUCCCCGCGGGGGUCAAGAAACUGGCAUGUCCAAACUGUCACAGAACCUUUUCCAAGGCUGAACAUCUCAGACGCCAUCAACGAUCCCACACGGGGUCCAAGCCAUUUGUAUGCGACGAGUGUAGUCGGCCCUUUGCUCGAAAGGAUGCCCUGAGUCGACAUGCGAAGAUGCAUACUCGGAAUGUGAGCGAGAAUGAAAAUCCUCCACCCGGUGCAGGCCUUUCGCAGCCGGCAUCGAUCGAGUCAAUCACCCCGGCGGACACGAGCAGUGUCCCUACUGUCCCUACCACAGGCCCCGCGUCGACUUCGGCGACCAGCCAGUCAUGGGAUGAUGAAGCUCAGUCAGAACAGCAACAGGGCCUGCCCAGUAUUGCCCAAGAAAUGGACUUUGCAUUGACCUGGCCAGACUCGGAGGAGCUGUUCCAGAGUUUGAUGUCGUCCGACGCAACAGACCAGUGGCAGAUGCCUUUGGGCACCCUACCCUUUCCACCGAUCAUGCAGGAUGUCAAUGGCAUGAAUUUUGAGUCUCCCAACUCGUUUGAUGAUCGAACCUCUUCCGUUGGGACAAUCCCAUCUGGUGGCGGACACCAGGCGGUUCGUGAUGUCACGGAGAUGGUGACCAUCUCGUCUUCUAGUGUUACCGCCGCAGUGAAAGCCACAUCCAUCACCUCGGUCUUCCUCGACGCGUGUCUCCACAUGUUCUUCGUUCGCUUCAUCCCCACAUUCCCUAUUUUGCAUCCAGCGACCUUUGUGUUUCGAGAAUGCACCCAUGCUCUCCUGCUCAAUGCCAUUGCCAUUGGGUCUUUGUAUCUCGGCCCCAAAGACUCGGUUGCCAAGGGUGAAGCAUUGUGGCGGCUGGCUCACACUGCCGUUGCUACUUCCUGGCAGUCUUUGAUCAACCAUCGUGGCCCCUACGAUUCCUGUCCGGGAGUACAGCUAGUUCUCACGGCUCUUCUCGGCCAGAUUUACGGGGUGCUGUCCAAAAGUCGGGCGAUCCGCACCACGAGCCAGGUUUUUCGGCCGCUGGGCUUCUUUUGGGCGAGGCAUUGUGGCAUGUACAACAGCCAGUCGUACUCAAUGGGAAACCUACCUUCUGCCACUGCCCCUCUCGCAGAAAAAGACUACAGCUGGCGCAUUUGGUCUGCUCGGGAAGUCCAAAAGCGCGCCCUGUUGGCAUACUAUGUGCUGGAUGGUCUUGUGGCGCAGAUGUCGGGUGAUGGCCCGGCUGCUCAACAUACUUCUAACCCACUGACCCUGCCCAGUAGUGAGAAUGCUUUCAAUGCCAACACUCCAGAUGGUUGGCUGUCCUAUAUGGCCCCCCCGGACCAGGAUCAGUCCUUCCUGGCCAUCUUUCGGUCUCUUUUCCCGCCAAUUAGCAAUUUUCGCUGCCUGAAAUACCAGUUCUCUCCAUUUGCACUCCGUGUGGUUCUCGAGGGCCUCCAAUCUCUGGUCUCCGACAGCGAUGACAAUGAACUUGCCGUGGGAGUGCCCGGUCAAUCCGAUGUUCGAAGAGCCCUAGUCCAAGUGCUCGAAACCAUUCACAUGAGCCUUCAUUUCUCUGAACCUGAGAGACUUGAGCUUCUGCUUCGCUGGCACACAGUUUGUCUGGACACCAUGAUUAGCUCGACAGUUCUUGCUCGGCAUGUGUGUUCUCGGUACAACAUUUCACAACAUAUCUCGGGGGCCGGCCAGACUCUCCAUCCAGGAUUCGAUCUCGUCAAAUGGGCCCAUAGCGAGGAAGCUCGCCGCGCGGUGCUGCACGCCUGGUCUAUUCAAUACAUUGUCGAGCAGCUCCCUCGUGGCCGUGCUCAUGUUGUACACAUGCCAAGCUCUCUCUUUGCUGCUGCGACUGUGUAUGUGGUCUUCUCGCUUGCAGGCCUCGCAACUGUCAAACUCCCGCGUGCCGUUGUCUGGCAAGAUGCCGUGCUGUACCCAUCUGACCUCUGCCUGGGCGAUGAGAUUAUCCCGCCAAUCUCCAGUUCAGAGACUCGCUGCUUUAUCCAGGGCGAGCAUGCAGGGCUGUUGGUUCAUACUGAUGUUGUCAUCCGCAAUCUUCUUUAUGAGCUCAACUCGAUGCAGAAGCUGUUUCGCUGCCUCUCCUCGCAGUGGGGCAUUGCGCAUGACAUGGAGGAAAUCGUUGCGCAGUGGAUUGAGGUGUGCCAUUAG